AUGCCACUCACCAAGUCGCGGCCGUCUCUUCGGGCGGGCGGCCACAAGAAAUCAAAAUCGACAGUCGAGACCGGACAGCCGUCCAGUGGCCACAGGAAGACCAAGUCGACGUUGGAGAAUAAGAUUGGCCCGGCGCUGCUUUCCCCGCGUCACCAGCAACGGCCAGACGCCACACUUCUGGAAGAGGACGACGAGUACGACUCUGGCGACAAUGCGGGCGACAAUGCGGGCGACAACACUGGCGACAACACUGGCGCCAUCCCCAGCCGGCGCGAUGAGGCUGGAUCAGGGGGCCGCUUUUCGAUGCCAGAUUUCCGCCUCCAGGGUCUGCUCUCCCGGGCGCGGAAGCGCAUCAAGGACCGCCGCGAGAAUGCUUGUUCGCCAGAGUCGCCUUUGGGGCCGUUGAGCCCGUUGAGCCCCGGAAACAGUGUAAGCCAAAAAACCUUGACCGGCACGCCCGACAGCAGCCUAUGA